AUGGCGCGGGGAGCACCGGCGGAGCCACGGGGAAGCCCGAGCGGCCCCACAAGCCGAGCGCCCUCUUUCCCCGGGUUCUCACCCAAAACAUCGAGCUACUCCUGGGGGUUGGAUCGAUUCGAGAAGACCAACGAGAUGCUGCUCAACUUCAACAACCUCUCCAGCGUCCGCAUGCAGCAGAUGAACGAGCGUUUCCUCCACCACACCAAGACGCUGGUGGAAAUGAAGAAGGAUCUGGACAGCAUCUUCCGGAGGAUCCGGACGCUGACAGGGAAGCUGGCGAAGCAGUACCCGGAGGCUUUCAGCAACAUCCGCGAAUCUCCCAUCCUAGAAGACGACGACGACUUCGACCCCGUCCCGAAAAGCACGACGACCACCAUCGCUACCUCUGAGCAGAGCACGGAGUCCUGCGACACCAGCCCUGACAUCAUCUCUCCCACCAUGAGUCAGGAUUUCGAGGAUUUAUCCCAAGGCCGCUAUGAUUUACCGGCUGUGAACGGACAGAGUCUCACAGACGAAGACACGGCCAACGACCUGGACUAGGCGUGCGGGUCCUGCGCCGCCACCCGCCCCCGGAGAACUUUCUACCUUGUAUUUAUAUUUGUGUGUUUCUCUUUUUUUCGGGAAGAGGGAAGCGAAGGCUGAGAGGAGCGACGGCCGAGCGAAGAAGGGCACCCUCCUGCCUCUAAACUGCCGCCGUAGUGUAAACCCCCCGACUCGCUUCGGGGUAAAUCAGUAAAACGUGGGUUUGAAACGCC